AUGAGUAGAGAAACCAGUCAGGCUGUUGGGACGGCUACUGGUGUCCGAGGCCGGACGCCCUGGUGCCUGUGCCUGGCCUUUGUCCAGCUGCUCGUUGGUGGCACCUUCACCGUAAUGCUAGAGGGCAGCACUUACCAUGGGCUGGUGGUUGCCAUUAACCCCUCUGUCCCCGAAGAUCAGAAAAUUGUCUCCAGAAUUAAGGAAAUGAUUACUGAUGCAUCUUUUUAUUUACACAAUGCUACACAAGGAAGAUUUUGUUUUGGAAGUGUCAAAAUCUUAAUUCCUGUAAACUGGAAAUCAGGUGCUUAUGCAAAGCCCAAGCAAGAGCUGUACACAAAGGCAGAUGUCAUUGUUGCUCCACCUUACUGGAAACAUGGACACGAUCCAUAUACGUUGCAAUAUGAAGGAUGUGGAGAGAAAGGAAAAUACAUACAUUUCACCCCAAACUUCCUGUUAAAUGAUGGUUCAGUUGGAAUCUAUGGCUCAUAUGGCAGACUUUUUGUCCAUGAAUGGGCCCACCUUAGGUGGGGAGUAUUUGAUGAAUACGAUAGUGAAAUGCCUUUCUACAUAUCGGGACAAAAUCAGGUUAAAGCCACAAGAUGUUCAUCUGGCCUUACUGGAAUCUAUGUCUGUGAAAAAGAGUCCUGUACCCAAGGGAACUGUGUCAUUGACCAGGUGACAGGACUUUUGAAGGAAGGAUGUGUUUUUAUGCAUGACAAAGAUCAAAAUGCAUCGGCUUCCAUAAUGUACAUGCAAAGCUUGGCUUCUGUGUUUAAAUUCUGUGAUGCAGGCAGCCAUAAUGCUGAAGCUCCCAAUCCCCAGAACAGAAUUUGCAGCUACAAGAGCACAUGGGAUGUAAUCAGGGGUUCUGAUGACUUUAAACUCAGCAUUUCUCUGGCCAACAACAGCUUCCCUUUGCCUCCCACCUUCACAUUGUUACAGGCUACGGAGAGAGUGAUCUGCUUAGUUCUGGAUUUUUCUGAAAGUAUGAAUGAGGUAAACCGGUUCAAUCAUUUGCGCCAGGCAGUGCAAGUGUACCUGCUGCAAAUUGUGGAAGACAAUUCCGACGUUGGGAUUGUCACUUUUGGUGGUGUAGCAGAAGUCAACUCUCACAUCCGUCGCAUAGUCAGUGCUGAUGUGCGGAAGCAGCUUGCUUCAGGCUUGCCAGUUGCUUCAUUUGGCCAAGAGGCAAAUGCAUGUGCUGGUUUACAGCUGGCACGGCAGGUAAUUAUGAAACAUGCUGGAGAUGCUUCUGGUUCUGAAAUCAUACUGCUGACUAGCGGAGAAGACAACACAUUAAGCAAGUGUUUCUCUGAUAUGGCCAACGUCAGCCUAAUAAUCCAUACCAUUGCAGUGGGCCCAUCUGCAUCUAAAGAACUGGAACAACUGGGAAGAUUGACAGGAGGAUUGAAUUUUUUUUCCACUGAUCGACCAGAUUCCAAUAGCCUUAUAGAGGUCUUUGCUGCCCUCACAGUAGGUCAUGGAAAUGGAAGCCACCAGCCUGUCCAGAUCGAAAGUACUGCCGAAAGUGUACAGGGCAACAGACAGAUUCACAGGACCACCACAAUCGACGGCACUCUUGGAAAGGACACAUUCUUUGUAGUCACAUGGCAGAUAAAGGAACCCACAAUUAUUCUCCAUGACCCCAGAGGGAAAAGCUACACCAUGGAAGAUUUUAAUGUGGACCCUGUUUUGCACAUUGCUCACCUGCAGGUUCCAGGGAUUGCUGAGACUGGGGAUUGGAAGUAUACCCUCACUAACAGUCAUAUAUUUUCUGAUGUUCUCACAAUGACUGUGACCUCUCGAGCAGUAAAAUCUGGCGCUUCCACCAUCUCUGUGAUUGUUCACACCAACAAAGAUAAAAAUGCUUAUCCUCGUCCAAUGACUGUGUACACGAGGGUUCAUCAAGACUUUUCUCCCAUUCUUGGUGCCAAUGUGACGGCCAUUAUUGAGCCAGAGGAUGGGGACCCCAUUUUCUUGGACCUCCUUGAUAAUGGUGCAGGCGCUGAUCUGAUAAAAAAUGAUGGUGUGUAUUCUAAGUAUUUAUUCCGUUUCACAAGAAGUGGAAGAUACAGUUUCAAAGUGCAUGUCCACAGAAACAACAAAACUAUUGGUUCAUUGCCUACAACAUUAUGGAGUCAUGCCAUGUAUAUUCCUGGCUACAUAAUGAACGGCACAAUCCAGAUGAAUCCACCAAGGCCGCUGAUGAGUAGUGAAGACAUGCAGAUCAAAUUAGGAGCAUUCAGUAGAAUAGCUUCAGGAGGCUCUUUCAUAGUUUCUGAUGUUCCACCUGGGCCAAGUACUGAUGUAUUUCCACCAUGCAAAAUCAUUGAUCUUCAUGCUGGAACAGAAGGUGAUAUAGUAGUUUUGACCUGGACAGCACCUGGGGAUGACUUUGACGAGGGACAAGCUGCAAAAUAUGAAAUAAAGACAAGCGAAAGUCCUCUGGAACUAAGGGACAAUUUUCAAAAGGCUCCAUCUGUAAAUACUUCUAAGCUGACACCUCAGCAGGCUGGCUUCAGGGAAGUUUUUACAUUUAAGCCAGAAGCACUGACAAAUGUCACACUUCUAUACGUAGCCAUUCGCACAGCUGAUAAAGCCUUCCUAUAUUCAGACAUAUCUAACAUAGCACAGGCAGUUAUUCUUCCUCAGAAGAACAGCGUCAUUGCUCCUACCAAGUAUAAUAGCUUAACAAUCAUUCUGACAACAUGUGGACUGUUGUCUGUGGCUGCUUGUUGUUUAAUUCUGAGCAGAAAUCUAUGGACUUUAAAAAAGAAGAAGUUGGUUACUGAUGAAGCUGUACCAUGA